ACUUCGAGAUCUAUUCCUGCUUCCUUCGGGAACCCCGUCCACCUGGCGAACCACCACAGUUGCGCAAGCGUAUUCCUCUCGAACCCGUCGCACCAGCUUACUCCUCGAUGCCGCUCAGCCACCGACGGUGCCAGCAUCCUCUGCGGCCAGUCAUGGGGCUCGCUUAAGUGAGUGAGUGCUCUGUCAUGCACGUAGUGCUCGUGUCCGUAUGCCUGCUGCUCGUCACCCCCAUCUCGAUGUCCUGGUGGGCCGCUGGAAGCCAGUUGGUUAUGGAUCCAUAUCAAAUUUGUAAGAAGACGAGGCGCUUGAAAGGAAAGCUGGCGGAUAUUUGUAACAAUAAGCCAGGUUUAUUGAAACAAAUAGCGGUUGGAAUAGGUUUGGGACAGAGUGAAUGUCAGUAUCAAUUUAGGUUUAGGAGGUGGAAUUGCACGUCGGCCAGAAAGAGUAUAAAAAAAGUUCUCAUGUCAGAUACCAGAGAAACCGGCUUCGUGAAUGCUCUCAUUGCUGCGGGGGUGACAUACCAAAUAACAAGAGCUUGCACAACAGGUGACCUUAUAGGUUGCUCGUGCGACAGAAAAAUGAAGCGACAUAAAAAACAUAGAAAAAAGCAAAAGCUGGAUCCGAUGCCAGAUGGUGAUUGGGAGUGGGAGGGUUGUGGGGGUGAGAAUGUAGAUUUUGGGGUGAAGAAGUGCAAAGACUACCUAGAUACUAGGUAUAGAAGAAGGAGCGAUAUGAAGACGCUAGUGAAAUUGCAUAAUUAUGCCGCAGGAAGAUUGGCUGUCAAAAACAACAUGCGAAUGGAAUGCAAGUGCCACGGUCUGUCCGGCUCCUGCACAUUGAAAACGUGCUGGAGGAAGCUCCCGAACUUCAGGGAAGUCGGGAAUCGUCUCAAAGAACGUUUCGAUGGGGCUGCAAAGGUCAUCGCUGGCAACGACGGCCAGAGUUUCAUGCCGGAGGGCGAAACCAUCAAACCUCCGGGCAAACUAGAUCUGGUCUACUCGGAGGACUCCCUCAACUUCUGCGACCCAAACAGCUCGAUGGGUUCUUUUGGAACUCAAGGAAGAGUUUGCGACGACAAGAGUUUGGGGGAGGAGGGUUGUGGUAUUCUGUGCUGCGGCAGAGGUUUCAAAAAGUACUAUAAAACCGAAAGAAAAAAUUGCAAGUGUAAGUUCGAAUGGUGUUGUGAAGUGAAAUGUCAGGUGUGCAACGAAACUCGCGCUAUAAGUACUUGCUUGUGAUUUUCGCCAAAGACAGUUGAACUAUUCUGCUUGAGCUUGAAUCGGGAAAUAUUAGGUGAGAAAUUUUUAGAUUUGGAAGGAGUAGUGUAUGUAAGAAAAUGUGAUAAUCUCGAAUUGAUAUUAUAUGUAAUUUCAUCUUCUUUCCAUUUUAGAGCCUAUUGUUUUCAAUAUCAUAAAUAUCAUUUCAUAAAAUAUCCGCAUUUUGAAUCCGAAACGCAAACUUUAGAAGGAAGAAUAUAGAAAUAUACAGGGUCAGCCUUUGACAUGAACAAAAAGUUACUUUUCAUGUGAAAGCAUCAAGAAAUGCUGCCUUUAUAUUAAUUUGAAAUUCACUGCCUGAUUUUCGGCAAAUGGCAAGAGUAUAAACAAAGGAGAUCAAUUGAAAAAGUAUGCAAUAUAUCGGAGAAAUACUUGGUUUUUCACUUAAUAAUACAUUUCCAACAAAUUCACAUUAAACUCAUUAUAAUUCAUCAUUGUCAAACAACUUUCAACCACAACUUUUUCAUUCUUCGUACACAAGUAGAAAAGCAUUUCGAAAUAUACCUAUGAAUACCAACAAGAAUCAUAACAAAAACAAAUGAAAAUGGAUCAAAUUGAGGUUGGGCGAAUCACAAAUUUUUUUUAAAACAGAUUAUAAGAUUUUCACAAAAUGAGUUUUUAAACCGCGAUACGUGUUGUGAAAAUCGUAGUCUGAAGUUCAAUUAUGGAUUAUCAUCAAGUAUCGGCCAAAACAAUUCAUCUAAUUUUUUUUUUGGUACUGUUAUAGCUCCACAAAAUUGGGUAUCCGAUAUUUCGGUCUAUGUAAGGUUAUCUUUUUUACAUAUUUCUCAAGACAUUCUAUAAUAUGAUUUGAAUCUUAUUGGAUCUUUCACAAUUAAUUUACUAUGAAAACCAGAAUAUAAUUACUUUCAUGAGAAUUUUUUUUUCAAUUUUCUCUUUUUUUCAUAAUAAUUCUUGUGACAAUCUGCCAUGCGGAGUACCAAGUUUUGUUAUAAAGUGAGAAGAAGUAACCUAUAAGAAUGAAUAAUAUCAUAGACAUGUCGAAAACAAAUGUCGUAUAAGAAUGAGUCUGAGGAAAAAUUCGUGAAGAAUUGAUCGCCAGAUCACGAAUACAUGAUUCGUAAUAUCAAAGGAUAAAUGCCUGCUCAUGGUUUUCAUCCACGAUCUAUGCAUGAAAUGAUCCUAAUUUAUGCCUUUACCUGAGCAUCAAGACAUUCGUAAAUCUCCUAUGAUUAAUGAGUCAUUUUAUUCACUGAUUGUUCAUAAUAUACUCACUUAUCAUUGGUGAUUCAUGAUCCAUUAUUCACUGGUGUAUCAAACUUUAUGGCCACAACCAUAGAGAGGCUCAGAACAUAAUAUACAGAGAUAUUGAUUAUAUUGACAUGUUAGGAAUUACCGUAGCGAGUAUUGAGAUAUUGAAAUAAUAUAUUGAAAAUGAGGUGAGUUAUUUUAGAAAUAAACUUUUUAAAUUUUUGGAUAACUUACAGUAUCCUACUCACAUGCUAUGGCUUCCAUUCUCUUGGAUGAUUUACUGAAAUCUAGUUCGUAUCGUUUUGUAAACGUCAUCCAUAUGAUUAAGAGCUAUCAAAAUAUGCUGGUUGAAUAUCCUUUUUGAAAUUCUUCGUAGAAUGAUAUUUUCUCCUCUGGUAGAACAACUGGUGAUCACAUAAUUAUAUUGUCAUUGCCAAAUAAUCCAUAAUGAGACGAAAAACAAUAUCGAAAUGUCAAAAACUCCACAAAUUUGUGAACUACAGA